CACUCCGCUCUUUAUUCUUCUCUCUUCUCCUCUCUUAAUUACAUAAUUAAUCUGCAGUUUCCAUAUACACAUUAUUACUAUAUUAUAUUACAGCUCUCGCUUCUGCUACCUAGCUACCAUCUUUUUCUUUCCCUCCUUUCUGUACGUGUUUCUGGAUAACUACAUAUACAGCUAGUAAGUUUGUGCCCUUGAGAGGAGGAAUAGUAAAGUGUAAGUAAACAUGAGGAUGAUGAUAGACCUGGGCAACCAAAGAGGUUCACUCCCUAUAAUGGACGCUCCAACCUCAGUAGACUGCGGUCGGGAAGUUCGGUUUCGCAGAUCCUUUCGGUCUCUUGUGGAGUGCAUGGUUCCCUGCUGUGGAUUCCAGCCCUCCGACUCCGUUUCCAGCGACACUGACUCUGCUCACGCCUCCACCGUAACCGGCACUUUCUUCGGUUACAGGAAGGGUCGCGUGAGUUUCUGCCUCCAAGACGACUCCCGCAGCUCUCCUCUUUUACUGCUCGAGUUUGCAGUUCCCACUGCCUACCUUGCAAGGGAGAUGCAGUACGGGCUGCUCCGUAUAGCGCUCGAGUGCGACCGACAAAAGGAGCGCUCCAGCUCGUGCUCGCUCUUCAACGUCCCGGUCUGGUCUAUGUACUGUAAUGGGAGGAAGGUUGGGUUUGCCAUUAGGAGGCAGAUGACGGUGAGCGACUUGGCAGUGCUCAAGAUGAUGCAGUCUGUCUCCGUUGGUGCUGGCGUUUUGCCGGUGGCACCUAAGUGUGAGGAUGGGGACCUCAUGUAUCUACGUGCCAGUUUCGAACGAGUCAUCGGUUCUGCUGACUCAGAGUCGUUUCACAUGAUUAAUCCAGUUGGAAGUUCUGGCCAGGAACUCAGUAUAUUCCUCCUGAGAUCAUGACAGCACCAUUCCACUUCCAUAUAUAUAUAAAUAUAUAUAGAUAAGCUUCUAGUAAUCUAGUGUAUAUCAAUAUUAAUUCCUUAUUCACGGUUAUGUAUAAUAUGCCUUAAUCAAUCGCUUCCUCGUCGCUCUACUUGAGUAGGCGAUUUAAUUUUCUAGAAUCGAACAACUAUUUCAGGUUCUUAAAUGUUAAAAUGGCCAGAUGCAACCCUGAAAUCUUGUAUUGACAAUCUUUAAAGUAUUACAACAAAAUUCAUAUUCCCAA